CUUACGACCGUGGAAUUCCUUCUUUUUUUUUUUCAUUUUUAAUAUAAGCGAUUUCUAAACUAAUCUCCUUUCAAUGAAACUGUGUAGCCGGUUAACUUCGACAAUAAUUUCAAAUAAAAUUUCGUAAUUGGAAUUGUUUUAAAGUGAUGUGUUUUGUUUACGUUAUCGAUGGUUUGAACUAGUUGACAUAAAAAGACAAUGCACGUAACCGUUAUAACGUAAAUCAAAUAGUUAAUUUGUAUGCAAGUAAUUCGAUACGAACAGGUGGCGGUUAAAGUCGAUAAAAUUUGUAAACUUCGAUCGUAAUUCGUGACCGGUUUGUUGUGUAACUGUAGAAAAUAUUUAAAAAAAGUGUUAAUUCGCAGGGAACAACCUUUAGUAGUGUUGUGAUCGAGUUUCGUAUGAAAGUGGUAUGAUUCAGUGUUUAUGAGAUGCGCGGGCGCGUGCCGAAUCGAUUUUUAGUGUUAAGUGAUCGUUAGUGUAGCAAUGAGUGUUCCUAAUUUAAGCGCUGACCAGAUAACAGAGAUCGAAGCAGCGGAGGCUUGCAAAUGGCUGAGAGCUGCCGGAUUCCCGCAAUACGCACAGAUGUACGAAGACCUACAGUUCCCAAUCGACGUAUCAGGAGUACAAAACGACCAUCCGUUCCUGGACGCAGAUUCACUCCAAUCUCUCUUCAGACGACUGACAGCUCUGAACAGAUGCGCAAACAUGAAACUAGAACAUCAUCACCAUCAGAAGAGAUCCAACGACUCUGACGAUGAACAAUGCGCGCUAAGUGAUAAAUGGCAAUAUGAGAGGAAAUCAAGAAGAUGGUCCAGGGUUGUGGAAAUUACUCCACAAGCGCAGAGAAGGUUACAAGUGAUAGCGGCACGUGCAUUAGCGGAGCGAGAAGCGAGAGAAGCAAGAGGAGAAGUAGAAGAUGAUGAAGACGAAACCUUACCUACAAUAAGAGUAGGUCUAGUGGACGCUGACGGGCAUUACACGGAUGUUGAGCCUGAUUUGUUAACGGUGUCAGGCCAACAAACUCACAUUCAGUUACCGAGUGACAAAGAAGAUGAAGAAGAAACGGGUACCAGAUUUAGACGGACUGGGUCAGAAAGGCUACGCGAUGGAGCAAAAGCUUUAUUAAGAAGGGUUGAAUCCUUGAAAACGAGGAGAAGAAAACGUCAAAACAGAACUGAAGUUAUAGUUUCAUCUCCACAUUUUCUUGAUGUCCAGCAGGAUAAAUAUGCAGAUUUAAAUUAUAUUGAUAUGACACCAACAACGCCUACUGCAUUUCCUUUUCCCGAUUUCCAUAGCUCUCCCCUCCAUGCUCCUGCUAUUCGUACCCAACCUCCAUCCCCUAUGACAAUAAUGCCACCUUCUCCUAUAGCUCCUCUCGAACAAUCGUUUGUACUGCACCCGCCUUUUGGUGAUGAUAGUUCAAGUUACGCUUCAGAUAACAGUAUGGGCUCAAGCAAUAAAAGUUCUAAGUCAAAAUUGGGAAGAGCGAAAAGAAUCUUCCAUCGAGGCCUAAAAAGUGAUGAUUCAAGUGCCCUAAGCGAUUCAGAGUGCCAACCGGCAAGCUGGAGGCACAAUUAUUAUAAGGAGCAUAAUAUUCAACAUCAUAAUACAGAGGUAUAUGUAGAACCACCAUCACCAGUUGAACUCAAGGCAGACCCAGAAAUUCUCCGGGAAGUUCAGAAGUCUCCAGCGCACACACCACAUCGGCGGCAAGCUAUUAGGACAAGCUCAUUAAACUUGGGGAAAGAUGGACAAAAGUUUCGAGAUAGAAGUCUCAAAAGAGAUAAAUCUGCAUCGAGGAGUUCAGAACUCGAUAGUAGUCCAAACUCAGCUGGAUCGAGGUCACAUGAUGGAGAUCAAGACGACGACGAUGAUAGCCUGGACCUCAAAACGAAGAAAAACAAUAUUCAAAGAUGGUAUUCAUUUAGGACAAGUGCUCUCAAUGGUGGACCAAAAGCAAAUAACACGCUGCAACCAACGCCGAACCAGAAAAAUCCUGAAACGUAUCUGUCCCGACCAAUGUCCUCUUUGUCGUGUGGUCAAUUGCAUAUCCUGAGGAAACUAGCGCUGUUAAGACUAACUGCUUGCAUGGAAAGGUAUUGCCCUUCACACAAAUCAGGCUGGAAUUGGGAACUACCUAAACUUAUACGGAAAAUUAAAACACCUGAUUAUAAAGAUAAAACAGUUUUUGGCGUACCUUUAACCAUAUCAUUACAGAGGACAGGGCACUCUUUACCAAAACCGAUACAGUGUGCCCUAAAUUGGCUCAAACAUAAUGCUUUAGAUCAGAUGGGAAUAUUUCGGAAGGCAGGCGUAAAAUCCAGAACGGCAAAAUUGAGGACCUGUGUCGAAUCAGCUGGCGCAGUCAAUGCUGCAUUUGCGAUAGAAAACAUGAACACCAUUGAUCCAAACCAAUCUAGUUUAAGCUUCGAGGGUGCUCAGGCGCAUGACGUAGCGGACAUGGUGAAACAGUAUUUCAGGGAACUGCCAGAUGCAUUACUGACAAACAAACUAAGUGAAACGUUUAUAGCUAUAUUUCAACAUGUUCCGGAACCGUUGAGGCCUGAUGCAGUCCAGUGUGCAUUGCUUCUUCUGCCCGAAGAGCAUUUAGAAGCAUUACAAUCGCUAUUGAUAUUUUUGUCAGAGGUUGCAGAACAUUCUGCUGUUAAUCAAAUGACAGCUUCCAAUCUGGCGGUUUGCUUUGCUCCGACAUUGUUAAGGCUACACCACGCGCCCCCCCACACUGGUAGCACUAAGGAAGGCAACUCUAAUAGGAUGAUAAUUGAGAGCGUAGCAGACCAGCGACAGAUUAGCGAGUCUCGUGCUGCACACGCUUGUCUGCUGCUCCUCAUUCAACAACACCGGCAGCUGUUCCUAGCACCAGCGGACAUGCUUGCGCGAUGCAAGUUCAACUACUUCGAGGAAAGUGUGCCAGUUGCACUUGAAGAAUUGGGAGCAGAUUUCAAUCAAGACUGGAAAGGCUUCCAAUACGCCUGCAUCCAAGCCUUACUUAAAGAAGCCAAAGAAAAAACACGAGGUUGGAUGUCAGUAUCGGGAGCAGCUCCUCACGUGGAGCUGUGUUGUAAGAAAGUUGGAGACGGCCACCCGCUGAGGUUGUGGCGUGCGACCACUGAUGUCGAAGCGCCGCCGCAGGAGGUUAUGCAAAGGAUACUCCGCGAGCGGCACAUAUGGGAUGAUUCUCUUGUGAAGUGGCGGGUGGCAGAAAAAUUGGGACCGAAUGCUGAAGUGUUUCAGUACAUCACAGCUUCGAGCUUUAAUUUGGCGCCGAGGGAUUACUGCGUGCUACGGUCGUGGCAGCAGGGCGGCGGAGGUGGCGGCGGCGGCGGCUGGUGCGCGGUGGCCGAGACGUCGGUGGCGCACGGCGCGGCGCCGACGGAGGGCGCGCGCGGCGUGGUGCUCGCGUCGCGCUACCUGGCGCAGCCCGCCGGCAAAGGCCGCAGCAGGCUCGUGCAUUUGGCUCGCGUCGACACCAUGGGCCGAACUCCAGAGUGGUACAAUAAAUGCUACGGCCACAUUUGCGCUUUGUACUUAGCAAGAAUUCGAGCCUCGUUCAAGCAUAAUACAGAAGGACCUGAAUCGAAUGUAUGAUCCAAACAUUCCACUUAAGCCACUCCAUAUUGGACUGGACUUAAGUAUGACUUUAUUGGCGUGAAAAUAGCCAUUGAAAAAGGCUAAGAAUAUUUUAUCAGUGAAUAUUGAUAUUGGUGUGUUGUUAUAAAUACUUGGCCAAUCCUGGUCUCUAAUUUCAAAUAUAGUAAAUAUGCAAGUAAUGCAAAUGUUAAAUCAAAUAUUAAGCAUAAUUUUUUGAUCAAAAAUACUUUUUAGUAUAAAAAAUUUACCUACCUCUGACAUUCGUUUUAUACUUUACCCUAUUAUAAGGCGUAUGUCUAACAGCUACGGGCACUUCUUACAGUGAAAGAUAUACACAAUAUAUGAAACAAGAAUGUCUUUCACUGGAUGAGUAAAUGUAUAUAAGCUGUUAUUGUUGCCACGUUUAACUACCCAAAUUUCCCCUAAGGGAUCAACCAAAAAGCCUGACUGCAUUAUGCAUAUUAUUUAGUUUUUUAGAUUAGAAAAUAUUUUAUACAAAAUUCGUGAUUAUUGAUUCCCCUCAUGGUGCGUUGUGUAUAUAUUUAAUAUUAAAAUUUAAUAAACAUCACAUUUACCUAUAUAAAUAUCAAGAAAGUAAUCUCGUCAACUUUUAAUGGUAUUCGAAAUAAUAUUUACCAAUCCCUAUGUAAAGUUAUCAUAACAUAUCACUAGUCAUAUUAUUAUAAUAUUCAAUAUUAAAUAUUAUAACACAUUGUCAGUACCUGCCCUGUGUUCAGGAAUAUAAUUAUUAUUACAAUUUUUGAAAAGUUAUCCAUAAUAAUAUAAUCUGUAUUUUACUUAUCAGCUAUAAUUAUUAGACAAAGAAUACAUGAUUAUUGUUUUUCAACAAUAAAUAAUAGUUAUAUGUGCAAAAAUAAUAGCAUUCUCAGGCUGUAUAUUGCUGUAGUCACAGCCUUGUUAUUCCAUUUAAAAAUAUUCCUUAUGUUUUUCAUAUUAAUAUUUAUUAAAAAAAAUAAUUAAAUGAAAAUGCAAUCAUAUUUUAUGUCUAUGAUAUUAACAAGAUGGCGUCUAAUAAUGGCCAGAUUUGAAAUUUAAAUAAAUGUUUUUGGAAUUCUAAUUAUAAAUGUUUGUUAAUGUUGUAAUAAAGUUUUAUUGUAAAAAGUCUGACUGUAAAUAUAAUAUAUAUUUAGUUUAAUUUACACAUCACAAUUUUUGGUGUUAUUUAUAAGCAAUGUGAAGUGUUUCUUGGUACCUAUUAUAAUCAAUAAAAUAUUAUAAAAAAAAAACAGAAACUAUUCAAUUAUCAUUUCAAUAUAUAUAACUUAACAAAAUAUUAGAAUGAAUACUAUAAAUUUAUGUAUUAAAAUAAUAAAUAUUAUCAUCAUAACAUGAAUAUUAUUAAUUAUUAACAAAUAUUCCAAUAUAAUUUAAAAUAAGUAAGUUAUAAGAAGCACUUCAUACCAAAUUAAUUAUACUAUAAUUAUGGAAAAACAAUAUGGAGCCAAAUAUCACAAUAUUAUUAUUGUAAAUAUAUUUUAGUAUUAUUAAGCAAUGAUAUUUUAAUAGUAAUCUCAAAUAACAUAAUUUAUGUGUUGUUAGUUACCCGUGAAAUCACAAUUUAAUAUUAAUUUUGGUGCAGUUAAUAAUAAGCGCAAAAUGUAUUUAUUGUAAUAUUUACACUUAACUGUUUAUGUACUCGUCUUAAUGUAUAAUUCGAAUACAAAUUGUCUAAUAUCAAUUUCUUAUAUAAAUCUUAAAAUAAAUCUGUGUAAAACCUCACUAAAUAUUAAUUAAGAGAAAUUUUAUUUAAGCACAACAAAAAGUAUAUGAGAAUUGAACUUUUACAAUACAGUAUAGAGGAAAAGGAAAUUCCUUCUUGAGUUAAAAUAACAUCUUACUGUGAAACAUUACAUAUGUAAACAUUCAAAUUCGAAUCCAAAGAAGUUUCACUUCAAGAAAACUAAAAAUUAGUUAUUCUAUAAUAAAUAAUAUAGGUUGAAAAGUUUACACUAUUUUUGAUUGUUAAUUAAAAAUAUUUUUUAAUUGAAUGAAAAUAACAGUAUUUUAAAUGUGAAUGAUGUUACAAUGUAAGCAUUCUCUGUAGCAAACUGGUAUCUAAGUUAAAUAUUCACCAUUUAAUACUCCUUGUAUGUAUUGUGUAAAAUAAUUUAAGUAUAAUAAACUAAUGCAUUGUGAUUUAUUCUUUAUGAAUUAUAUGGACCAUUAUAAGUGAUGACACUUA